AUGAUUUCAAGAAUUAUUUUUUUGUUACUAUUCUUGUUCCUAACUUAUUUUGUGUCUGGGCAUUCCUCCUCUAAAACUCCGCCGUUACCACUGUCAUCCUUGCCUAAUCGCGCAGUUGACAGACGAACAGGCGCGUACGGAGGAGGAAUUCGAAAUGCGGAUAUAAUAAAAAAUCACCGCUACCCAACCCUCGUAUUCAAAAGUGUUGUCAGUCAAGGAAUGCAUUUGAACUUCACCGUGACAUGCCCUGACAAAAACCUCACUGAUAAAUCUAAAUCCUUCACGAUUCGUCAGUGUGUCGGUUAUUUUGCCCCCAUGCACAACAUGCCCUAUUACUCUGUCUGCUCCAUGAACAUAUCCAUCACAAUCAACACCUCUAGCAACAGCGAUGGUGGUAUUGGAAGUAUUGGUAGUAGUGGUGGUGGUGGUGUUGGUAGUGGUAGUAUCGCUAGCAAAAGUUAUGCCAGUGCUGGCAAUGGUACUGGUGUUGUUAACGUUAAAAUUGAUACUGCUGGUCGGAAUGAUUCUGUCCUAAAAUCUCCUGUUACUGGAGUGGAUGGCUUGAAGUAUGAAUACUACGUUGUAUUUGUCACUCAACACACAGUACCCUCUUCUGCUCCCACGCUCUGCCAUACUGGAGGAUUCUCAAUCAGGUCGAUCAAUUCGACUCACAUGACGGUCGUCAUCAAUUUCAAGGCUGUCCCACCUAGCAAGCUGAAUGGCUUCUUCAGAUCUUACAGAGCUUUUGUUAUAGAGGAGGAUCGAAGUUUGCACAAGUUUCAAAAUAAACAUUCGCCGGAAAGUACAGACGAGGGUGAAAGUGUUUUCGAAUCAGCUGUCGAUCAGACAGGUGUCGCCAAUGACGACAUCGAAAGUAACGUGGCUGAAGAUGGCAACGCUGAAAGGAGUGAUGAUUCUGCCGGGGUCGAGGGCGGUAAUGAUUACGAGAGUGAUGUUGAUGAUGAUGCUGUGAAGAGGGAGCUGGAGGAUAAGUCUCAGCUCGCUGGCGAUGCCGUCAUCGAAGCCGUCAACCCCAUCAAGGAUGGCGACAACAAGACCGACUACAGCAAGGGUAUUGACGAUGAUGACGGGGAUGAUGGCGACGCUGAUGGUGGAGAUCUAGCUAACGUAUCCGACGCCGACCUCAGCCCGCACUACCUCCUGCAUCAAGUUGGCUUCAAUGCUUCAAACAGCAAGCAAAAACUUCCGAAACCUCCAAAGCAUAACGGAACACCACAUCUACAUAAGGGGAUCGGUGAAGGCGACAACAGUAGAAAUAUCGUUACAACCUCGAUUCCACCACCACUUUCCACCACCCUCGCGUCCAGCGGCAAUCAAGCGGCAGCAGAUUCUCAGAGCAACUCAGCAAAGCCAAUGAACGUCUGGCAUGACAUCAGGAUGAACAGCUGCUUCUCGCUUGAUUUGAAAUCAGGCGUCCCACAUAAGGUAGCCAUCGAUGUCGCCAGUUCUGUUGGCUACAAUGAAUCGCAGCGUCUGGAUCUCAUCAAUUUACCUAGCUACAAAGAAUACUUAGAACUUCCCGCCAUAAAAAAUUUCACGGUAAUCCAUCUGCCUAACUCGUCUGUCUUGCUAUGGAAGCUUCAUAGACACGGCACCCAUGGUAAAGAUUUUGGUAAUAGUAUCGCUGACGAUGGUGAUGGUAAAGUUCACUAUGAUGAUGAUAAUGAUGGUGAUGAGGAUGGUGGUGGCGAUGAUGGCUUAACAUUCACGAUAUUCACCUGCCCUAGAAUGUACUUUGACUGGCGACUCUAUACGUGCUCGGUGGGUUAA